CUGCCGCCGCUAUCCAGCUUCGUCAAUGGCAGGACAAUGCAUGCUUCCCUCGCACACCUCGCCCGACUCCUCCCCCCUCCCCUCCAUCCCUCGACCUCCACAUCCGCCAACAUGUCAGGAAUCGCAAGACGAACGGCCACCCAGGCCCUCCGCGCCCCCCGAGCCCCCGCCCAGCACCUCCGCCGCAGCUACGCGUCCGCGGCAGAGAACAAAGAGGGCAGCGAUGCCAUGCGCAAGGCCGCCAAACGGGAUCCCGAGCUCUACACCCUCUUCGCCAUCAUGACCGGCGCCUUCACCCUCGCCGGCUGGCACUUCUCCCGCAACCCCACGAGCAGCAGCAGCGAGCAAAAGGUGUCCAUGGCCGAGGGCUCCGAGCCCUGGAACACCGGCGCCAGCGGCAAAUACCAGUACCACCCCGGCGGGGACAAGAGCCGGAGGCGAGACGCCCCGAGCGCGCUGAACGAGGUGGUUAUCCCCAAUGUCAACUUGCCCAAGAGCUUGCACGAAAAGUACAACAAGUAUGGCAAGGAGGGGUACUAGGUUCGGGGUGACGGGACUAGAGAUGGUGGCGUAUAUAGACAGCGGACGUGGCAGACAGCGAAUUCCAGAAGAACAAUUCCAAUCAACAACAAUCACUUCACAAAUGGCGAGG